AUGUUCACACCGUUUUUAUUGAUAAAAUUGAUUUGGCUUCAUUUGUUCUUCCCUAUUUUAUUUGUUUAUUUUCAUUUCUGUAUUUGGCAUUAUCCUUUCAUCAUUUCUUUGUUCUACAUUUUUAUUCUUUUUCUCAUUACAUGCGACAUUAUCGUUCGUUUUCUUUCAUUUGCGUUAAUUGAUUUUCGUUCAUUUUCCUAUUUGCCUUUUUUCUUUCCUUUCCAAUUCCAUACAGUCACCCCUUUUUUUUCUUUUCUUUUACUUUGCCUUCGUUUAACCUUGUUUCAUUCUUGUCAUAUAAUUUCUUAUUUUUCUUUCGUACUAUAUUCUUUCUUUCUUUAUUUUUCUUUCUUUCUUUCUUUCUUUCUUUCUUUCUUUCUUUCUUUCUUUCUUUCUUAUUCCUAUUUAUAUCAACUGCUUCUUCAUUUAUUUCUUUCAUAUCCUUUUCCUUCUUUUUUAUUUAUUCCUUCAUUUCUCCUCCACCUCCUUGCUUAUUGCUUUCUUAUCCCUUUCUUCCUUUUUCUCUUACUUUCUUUUUCACUUUCUAUUCCCAUAUACUUUUUUCAUUUUUCUUUCUUUCUUUUUUCUUUCUUUCUUCUCGUUACUUUUAUCUUCUCUUCAAUUCCUCCUUCAUUUCUUUCUUUUUUCGUUCUUUCGUCUUCACAUUUCAUUCAUUUCUUUUUAUUUAUGAUUUCUUUAUCUUUCUUUAAUAUUUAUAUUUCUUUCUUCGCUUUCAAUUUCUUCCUUUCUUUAUGCAUCUCUUUGUUUAUUACUUAA